AGGAAAUUGUGCCUUAAGGCACCCAGGUUCACCAACACGUGGGAACUCAAUGUCCCGCCCUCGAUGAUGGUGUUACCAAGGUUACGGAAAUCAACAUGUCAGGAAAAGUGAAACAAGGUAACAAGACGACGAUGGACAAAAACGCAAACGACAAAGACGACGCUGCAUUCAAAGACAGCGAUGCCAAUGAAAAAACUUUUCCCCAGUGGGACCUACUCACACAUGAACAGAUCAACGCGCUUCUGGAUUUGACUGUGGACGAAGUGCAAACACACUUUUUGGAGGCCCUCGGGCUGAAGAACUACCAGACCUGUCUGAAGGAGGUAGCCAUGGUGGACUACUAUGUAUGUGGCUUCAGGUGGGCCAAGGAGAUGAACUUCAGCUGCCACCAAGUCUCCUUUGUCAUGGCUGUUUUACAACUGCUCCUGGAUAAUAUAAUAGAUAAGCAGAUGUCUUUUGUAGAGAACUUCACUAAGUUUAACAGGGCAGUCGCCAGUUCUCUCCAGUCCCCUACAGAGGCUGAUGGCAGCCCAGUUCUGGAUGCAGACCAGGCCAUGGCACUCACUGAUCACCUCAAAUACAGUCUGUUCCAGAACUACCGGCUGUAUGAAUUUCUCUUCACUAACUCCAGACAGGAACUCCUGCUCGGCAUGGAGAGGACCAUUGAAGUGAUCUGUUCAGAUGAUGUAGUGGCGCCUUUGGAGGAGGGCAUGCCAGCUGAAAUCUAUUUCCGCUUCUUGGCCCCGCCCCCUAUGGAGAAGCAGAAAGAGGAGGUGAGUAGUGGCCUGGAGGAGGGGGAGGAGGAGCCAGGUGACACACAGUUCCAGGAUGGUGAGGAGCUGACGAGCUAUAGCGUAGAGGACGUCAAAGAGGUGCUGGUAGAGAUGACCAGAGGCAUGCUGGGAAACCUGAAGGCUGAGUUCACAGAAAAGCUUCUUGUUCAAGAGAAGAACUACAGUUCCAGACUGGACCAACUGAAAAACACUUCCAACAAAUAGAUAACAAAACAGUGGGAACAUUAAGAAUAGUUAAACAAGAUAUUUCGUUUUGAGAGGUUAAUUGACUGUAA